AUGGCAGUUUUCUGGUCAGCCGACACAGAUGAGGAGCGAAUCGAAUUACUAAAACAAGCUCGAAACGGAGGAAGUAUCACUCCCAAAUUCGACAAGAUCCUGCAGCAACAUGUAUCAAGUGGUCGUCUGGAGAUACUUUCAUAUACUCAGAUUGUGAGUGGCAGUUGGGACCCCGUAGCUCAAACAUGGGCAGUGAGGCUGUCGAAAGUAGUCUUGGGUUUUCCCAGACAUAUUGACGAUAUCAAGUACGCCACAGGCAACGCGCCAAGGGUCGAAAACGUCACAUGCCUCCACGGUUUCAUCAGACAGAAUCCCAUCGAGGCGAUUGACGGUCUCGCAAGGAUAACGAAUGAUCUCAUGUGGAAUGAUGAUAUACCAUUAUUCUUGACCGGCGGCCUCGCCGGCCUGAGACUGGGGCCAGGUGCCGCUAAUCUGGCUGGAGCGAGGCAAGGUGCCGAGCGAAUUGCUUGGAAAAUUGACCAGAUAUUGGGUAGUAGUGUGGCGAAAGAGGAAGGAUUGAGAGGAAAGUAUGAACGCGAAAACGACUCUACCGACAACCAGGUGCACGUUAAAUCGGCUUUGCGUGAAAGCAGGAGCGAGUAUACGGGAAGCUUUGCCAAUCAAUUUGAUGCGCUAGCUAUGCAACUCGAACAAGCACCAUCGGCAUGA